GGUAAGUAUAUUUUGUAAAUUUACUACAUUUAAUUAAAACACAUUAAACAUAUGCCUUCACUCUGUUAAGAAUCCAUUAUCCAUUAUCUUUGGAAUAUUGCGGUUUACCCAAUCCUAUGAUAUUACAAGCUACCAUUAGGAAAUUACAAACUGAACUUGAAAGAUUGCAAUCUACACGAAUAAAUAGAGAUUUUCAGAAACGUGUUGAACAACUGACAAUUGCGAAUCAAAAGCUUAUACAAGAAAAUCAUAGGCUUAAAAAUGGAGGAAAAGGUUUAAAACAUUUAUUGGAAUCAAUUAAAUCGUUAGAAAAUAAUGUUGUUAAGGAACGUGCGUCCUUUCAAAUGCAAAUUCAAAAACUUAAAGCCGAAAAUGCAGCUUUGUUAUUGAAAGUACAGCAACUUACUGCAUCUGCUAAUAGAAAACCAGGAGAUGGUAGUCCAGCAUUAAAAUGUCAUAACCGUACAUCUUCUACGCUUAGACGAAGCAGAAGUCGAUCUUCUUCGAUUUCAAGUCGUAAUAAAACUUCUAGUUUAUCACCAGGUGUAAAUCAAAGCUAUCAGUUAAUGUCAAAAAUCUUAUUUGUAUAAUUUUCCUAAAAUGAUUAUUAAUAUAUAAUAUAUUAAUAUAAUUUAAUUGAUAACUACAGGGAGUUCAUUAGAAUCGAUUAGAAUUCAACGAUCUCCUUGCCGAAAUUCGAAAGUAUAUAAUAAUAAAACAAAGAAUUCAAGUUAGUAUUUGAUCUGUGCUUAAUUAUAAAGUUCAUAUACGGUAUGUCCUGUUUAACUGGAAAUAUUCGGAUAUCUGGAAAAAUAUGAACAAAUAUUUCAGAUGAAAGUUGUAUCAAAGGGAACACACUGUACUUUUUGUUAUUUAUUUGAUCUCACGAUAACCUUGAAACAUCCUGUAAAGGUGACAUUAAAAUUUUUAAGUAGACGCCUCCAUUUUUUGUAACAUGUUCUUGUAGAUAACAUUCAGACGUUUUUAAAACGCUACGAACUUGUGUCUUUUGUACCAUCCGCUAACGAGAUAUAAAUUUUCAAAUUCGACAGAGCAAUACAGGGAAUUAUCCAAGUGUGACUGUUCUCAGUUGACUGCUUUGGAAUCAUUAAAAAAACUGCGGCCUUGUGUUUUGGCAAUGCCAUACUAAUAGUAGCAUUAUGAAAAAUAUCUUUAAAUAUCCCCGUGGUAUAUAUCAGGCAACUCCAAUGCCUGCAGGACAAAUUUUAAAAUUUCGAAUUUUAAAGUUGAUAUGUCAAUAGUGGUUGGUGCAAAAGAUAAGAGUUUGUAGUAUUUUGAAAACAUCUGAAUGUCAGCUACCAGAGUAUGUAAU